AUGAUCCUAUUGGCUUAUAUGACCGCUGGUACCGCCAGUCUCCCUUCAACCUCCAGUGCAUUCCAAAUCAUGGUCUCAGCACCACCGACGACAUUCUUCGACCUGCCGGCAGAGAUACGGCCUCAGAUAUACGAGUAUAUCAACGUGCCUGUGAGCGGGCUGCGAGGUGGCUGUGGCUUCAAUGGCGGCCGACGACUUCGAAUCGACAACAGCACCAUCAACAGCUAUCCUCGCCAAAAGCUAGAUCGAAUUUCGAGGUUUGCCGAAGUCAAUCGCCAGAUUCGGAAAGAAUUCCUACCGGUUUACCACAGCACGCGCCCCCUCCAGAUCAGAGCCGGGCGGAAAAAAGCCGAGACAACCCGGCGCUGGCUGCGAUUGUUUGGCGCGUCGAGGAUCCCUUUGAGCCGGCAGAUCACGGUGCAGUCCGUGCAGUGUUGCUGUACGGUUGAACAGCAGGAUGGCGUUUGGCAUGUGAUGGCGUACCCACCGGAGGACGUGCGCUAUCACUCGAUUUUUGGAGCUCCAUGGGAAGAGUUGCAAAAAGAGCACAAGGAGAUCGAGGCCACGUCGACGGCCAUGGCGACGGCCAUCGUACAUUGGUCCAUGCGGAGAUCGCCGGAUCGUUCAUUGUUCCUGACCAGAAAGGGCAUCGAGGCUAUCUUGGAGUACCUCUGGGAGAAAGCCCGGGACCAUUUGUAUGUUGCAAGCCACGGACUGACGUUGUGGUGUUUCGAGUCGCAGUACACCAAGAUCGACUGGCCGGGAUAUGAUGAAGGCACGCAGCGGUCGUACUGCUGA